AUGGCCGGAGCUACUGACAGAAAAAAAACAUCAGAAAGGCGCCGGAACAGUGACAAUACAGUCGCGACAUCAGCGCCGGAGCUGAUUAGACCCAGACGCGAAGACGAACUUUGUCUUCGUCUGGGUAACGGGAAACAGGGCCGAAAUCAGGCUGGGUCAAUUCAAAGAAUAUUGAAAUACCCCCCAACAAGGACCUUGAGCGGAGAGGAGAAGCAGCUUCUCUGGAAAUUUCGUUUUUCAUUAAUGUCUGAAAAGAGGGCUUUGACAAAAUUUCUACGGUGUGUUGAAUGGAGUGAUGUUCAGGAAGCAAAGCAAGCAUUAGAAUUGAUGAGCAAGUGGGAGACAAUUGAUGUUUGUGAUGCACUAGAGCUUCUAUCUUCAGUUUUUGAGAGUGAAGAGGUCCGUGCAUAUGCUGUUACUGUUCUUGAAAGAGCUGAUGAUGAAGAGCUCCAGUGCUACCUACUUCAGCUGGUUCAAGCUCUUCGGUUUGAACGCUCCGAUAAAUCCCGCCUAAGUCAUUUCCUCGUGCAACGCUCAUUACGUAAUAUUGAGUUGGCUAGCUUUCUCCGGUGGUACGUUACAGUGGAACUUCAUGAUCCUGCAUAUGCAAGACGAUUUUAUUGUACCUAUGAGAUUCUGCAAGAAAGUAUGCUGAAGUUGGGAGCUGGAGCUAAUGGUGAUGAAGAUGGUUUUAAGUUAUGGCAGAGUUUGGAGCGUCAAACAGAAUUGACUGCACAAUUGUGUUCUAUAAUGAGAGACGUGAGAAAUGUGAGAGGUGGAACUCAGAAGAAGAUAGAAAAGCUUAGGCAUCUUCUUUCGGGGCUUCUUAGUGAACUUACAUACUUUGAUGAGCCAAUUCGAUCCCCUCUAGCACCUAGGUUACUUAUAACAGGGAUCAUACCAUCUGAAUCGUCAAUUUUUAAAAGUGCAUUGCAUCCCUUGCGUCUGGCUUUCCGAACAGCAAGUGGUGGAAGUUGCAAGAUCAUAUUUAAAAAGGAAGAUGAUCUUCGGCAAGACCAGUUGGUUAUUCAAAUGGUGUCGCUAAUUGAUCGAUUGCUUAAGUUGGAGAAUCUUGAUCUGCAUUUAACUCCAUACAGAGUGUUAGCAACUGGACAUGAUGAAGGCAUGAUGGAAUUCAUACCAUCCAAAUCUUUAGCUCAGAUUCUCUCAGAACAUCGCAGUAUUACAAGCUACCUGCAAAAAUUUCAUCCUGAUAAAGAUGGACCAUCCGGGAUUACUGCCACGUGUCUUGAAACAUUUAUUAAAAGUUGCGCAGGGUACUCUGUUAUCACAUAUAUACUGGGCAUCGAUGACAGGCACCUUGAUAAUUUGCUGCUCCAGGAUGAUGGCCGUCUUUUCCAUGUUGAUUUUGGUUUUAUUCUCGGCUGA